GUAAUAAUUGGUAGGCAGGGCAAUGACCGACCGUGACGAGCGGUAGGAAUUGCUCACUCUCUCACUCUCUUUCAUCCUUGUUCCAAACGCACACUGUGCCACGGGCUGUAAUUCAUCACCGGCACCAACAUCAUUCUGCCCUUCCUGCUAUCGCCCGAGGAUUUGUGGACCCAUACCGCCGCGUGUGCCCCAAGCCCGCCAUUGUCCCAUGCUUUAGCGAGCGAGCGCGAGCAAGCGAGUGAGAGGGAGAGCCAGACACAGCCCGGCUCAGUCCGUGAUUUUGGGGCUCGGCUUCGAAGCGCACUGUCAGGCGGAACUUUUCUAAUUCCGGGCUGGUCUCGCGAUUCCGUUAGCAUCUGGCAUGCGAUACGUCCCGGUGCGAGCGACAUUCAUCCCCAUUGCGCAUCGGUAAUCUGUACAUGGGGGUGAAUUCAGUGUCGUCACGAAGUCGGGCUCUGGAUUAAAAGAGUUCCCUUGUAGCACCCCUCUGCAGACGAGCUCGGAGUUUUUCGUAACCAUGCGGGGAAUGUAAGAGAAGCCUGGCGGGGCAGGGUGCUUGUACAGACUGCAUCCCAUUGUGGGUGAGAGUGAGAGAGAGAGCGAGAGGAUUGCUUAUAUGCUUAGGGACACGGAGCCCACGUGGGUGAUUUUAUGCUGUUUGACGGCUUUUUGAGAAAUUUCGUGUAAAGACAAGGCGAGACGGAGGAGAUUAGUAGAUGUGUAGACCAAGACGGAGGGAUGGGGGGAGAGAUGCGCAGAGCGAGCGGUGGUGACGAGGAGGUGGUCGUGGUGGCAGAGUAGCCCAUGUGCGGCAGCUGACUUGCAGUGACGCAUCGGCCACUUGAUGCACCCAUCUCAAGGGGUGGGAUUUUCCUCCGCUAUCAUUGUUGUCGGUUGUAGCGGUUUCGUGCUCGUGCGGACAGGAACUACAUUUUAGUUCACGCCGACCUGCCCGAGCCUUACUACGCUCAUGCCAUUGUGGGAGCAAGCAUUGUUGAUUCCGAGCAGGUGUUGUAGUGUUCUUUGCGUGCGGUCAUGCCUUCGGUCGCCAAUGUACAAGACUCGUGUGGGUGAGGAGGCGGAGGUCGACAGUUGAGAGUGUUGGCGGCAAUGUCGGCAGGUAUGCCUGGGCCGCAGCCAUCUGGAGAUGGAAAGGUGGUCGAAUACGACUCAGAGUCUCCGUCAUUAGCAAAGCUACCAGGUCCAUGGCCAGCCAGCAACGACGGCCACAGCUACAAUUCACGCGCUAAUAUGGGUUCCUGGGCUCGACGCACGAGUUUCAAGGGCAUGGAGCGGGGGGCCAGCAACGGCAGCGACAUUGAAAUAAACCUGUCCGAUGUUACCCACAUCCCCAAGAAUUCCCAAAUCGACUCUGCCGAACAUUCACCCGUCGUGAGAAGCCACGAAUCAAGAGUCGCCACAAACGGGAUUAGAAACGGGUUGCAUGCCAACGGAACGAAGGAGAUCACAGAGAAGAAUGAGGUGGUCCCCUUGAAAGCAGCCGCUGGAGCACCGCCCGGGCCGUUCAACCUUGCAAAGACUAGGGACAUGGAUUCUGACGUGAGCAGGAACAGCAGCGGCCAGCUGCGGAUAGAGCCCCUGCGAAUCUUCAAAGACCCGGACGUCGAUGCCAUGUCUCAAUCGGAGGACAGCGACGACAGAUUCGUCAUCUCGAAGCACUUGCACAUGGAAUAUGAGCUUCGAGAGACGCCUGGUCUCGUGCCGUUGAUCCUUUACGGCAUUCAACAUUAUUUCUCCAUUGCUGGCUCGCUCAUUUUGAUUCCUCUUGUCAUUGUGCCUGCAAUGGGCGGGACGCCUGAGGACACGGCCAGUGUUGUUUCAAGCAUGCUUAUGGUGUCAGGGCUCUCUACUCUACUGCACACAUCUUUCGGAUCAAGGUUGCCUUUGAUCCAGGGAGCAUCGUUUGUCCACCUCGCACCAGCACUUGCUAUUAUCUUCUCCCCUGAAUUUUAUAACCUCAAAGAAGAUAGGUUCAAGAAAACAAUGAGGGAAUUGCAAGGUGCUGUUAUCAUUGGUGGUGCGUUCCAAACUUUCUUGGGAUAUAGCGGCGGUAUGUCACUUCUUCUGAGGGUAAUUAAUCCAGUAGUCGUAGCACCGACUGUAGCAUCUGUAGGACUCGCCUUCUUUGCCUACGGAUUUUCAGUCGUCGGCAGGUGUGUGGAGAUUGGCAUCCCGCAAAUUCUUGCACUUGUGCUCUUUGCCUUGUACCUCCGGAAGCUCACUGUCUUCGGCCACCGAAUUUUCCAAGUGUAUGCUGUGCCGCUGGGACUUGCACUAACUUGGGCAUAUGCAUUUCUGCUGACGGAGUCCAAAGUAUACAACUACUCGGGAUGUAGCUUCAGCCAACGACACAAUGCGACAGCAGUGCUCACGCCGGAGUGCCAGGAUCGGAUGGCAACAAUGCUCAGUUGUCGAACAGACGUAUCUAACGCCCUAUCCACUUCAGCAUGGUUCCGCUUCCCGUAUCCAUUCCAAUGGGGGGUCCCUACGUUUCAUUGGCAAACCGCAGUGGUGAUGAUGGUAGCAUCAGUUAUUGCUUCGGUUGACUCGGUGGGCGCCUACCAUGCCUCAUCACUCUUGGUGGCAUCUAGAGCACCUACUCACGGAGUGGUGAGCCGGAGCAUAGGGUUGGAGGGGUUGACAAGCGUGUUAGCAGGAUUCUGGGGCACUGGUUCAGCGGCUACCACGUUGACCGAGAAUGUGCACACCAUUGCAGUUACCAAGAUGGGCAGUCGUCGCGCUGUGGAAUUUGGUGCUUGCGUCCUGAUUGUUGCGUCAGUUAUUGGAAAAAUUUCGGGAUUUAUAGCAACGAUACCACAGGUGAUUGUUGCAGGGCUCCUGGUUUUCAUGUGGACAAUGCUGGCUGCCAUGGGCUUAUCCACCUUGCGCUACAGCGAAACAGGGAGCUCCCGAAAUGUGUUGAUUGUGGGGCUGUCCCUAUUUUUGUCGUUCUCUAUCCCAUCCUACUUCCAGCAGUACGCGUAUGAUCCUAGCUCGUCACUGCCCACUUCUUUUCAGCCAUACAAUGUUGGUGCUCAGGGACCGUUCAACACCAGUAGUAAGAAUGUAAGAAGGAAAUUCCUCAUCACCGUUUUCCAGUUUUUCAGUGAAGAUUUAUCGCAUGAGCUCGUCGUCACUGACCUCCCCAUUCCUGUGUUUAUGUGGCAGGCCAACUUUGCACUAAACACCAUCUUUUCCCUUCACAUGGUGAUUGCAUUUUUAGUGGCCUUUGUUCUGGAUAACACGGUGCCAGGCAGUCGACAAGAGCGUGGCCUCUACGUUUGGAGCAAGGGCCGGACAGCUCGAAAUGAACCUGCAGUAGUGAAAGACUAUGGAUUAGCAUUCGGUUUGAGCAAGUAUUUCAACUGGGUGAGAUGGGUGGGCUUAUAAUGUGGAAGCAUUUUGCUUAAUGCUUGCAGUAUAAAGAGUAGAUUGUCUAAUGUACUAACUUAAGCACAUGGGUUUGUGGAAGAAACACGAUAUCUAGUGAAAGUGCUUCACCACUGCAUCCUAUCUGGUACGUUAAAUUCUUUUUCCGGCCCGAACUACAGGGUCGAUUGAACGAACUUACAGCAGUCCACAAAGCUGAAAGAGUGGAGCUCGCCUCUUUUGUAACAAAUUACCAACCUUAGUGAUCAGCUGCCUUGCCAUGUGACUUGAUCAGCUUCAUAUGAAAUGUUUCUAUUUAUGAACUA